CAGAAACGUACAAAAAUAACAUAUCACAAAUUACCAUUUCCAAUUACCAAUUUCUAUCUGAUGUUUUUCCUCGGAAAACUCGCGAUAGGCAGCCCUGCGGUGCCCUGGGGCGGGCGGGGGGACUGCGGAGCGGGGCGCAAGGCGCGGAGGCGAACAGUCAAGCUCAGUCAGUCGCGGCGCGCCGCGCAGCUCGCACGCGAUCAUGCGCGCUCUCUAGCGUAUUAUGUUCCUCCCCGACCUUCCGCGAGCCUGCAUGGUGGACGACGUAGCGACGUACCUCCAAGCGCCCUCCUCGGGACAGGACGAGUUCCAUCCGUUCAUAGAGGCCCUGAUGCCUUUCGUAAAGUCCUUUUCGUACACGUGGUUCAAUUUACAAGCGGCCAAAAGGAAAUAUUACAAAAAGCACGAGAAACGGAUGAGUCUCGAGGAAGAGCGACACACCAAAUAUGAAUUACAGAAUGAAAAAGCAGAAGUGAAACAGAAAUGGGCGUCACGGCUGUUGGGGAAACUCCGCAAGGACAUCACGCAGGACUGCCGGGAGGACUUCGUGUUGAGCAUCACGGGCAAGAGGCCCGCUGUGUGCGUGCUCUCCAACCCUGACCAGAAGGGCAAGAUGAGGCGGAUAGACUGCUUGAGGCAAGCUGAUAAGGUGUGGCGGUUAGACUUAGUAAUGGUGAUACUGUUUAAAGCGAUACCCCUAGAGAGCACAGACGGGGAGAGGCUAGAGAAACAUCCGGAGUGCACGCAGCCGGGCCUCUGCGUCAACCCCUACCACAUCAACGUCUCUGUGCGAGAGCUUGACCUCUACCUCGCCAACUUCAUCAACAGCUAUGGUAAUGGGAGCGACGGUCUGCCAGAUAUCCUAAGCGGGUCUCUCUCUCCGCACCCUAAUAGGGACAAAGAGAAUGAACACGAGGCUAAGAACAAAGGCUAUACCCAUAACCCAUACAACGGUGUUAUUUGCAACGAUAUCAUUUUAGCGACCGGUGUCUUCUCCUCGAAGGAACUGUGGAAGCUGUCAAAAGCCUCAAUCCUCCAAGAGUCAGGCUCGGAGUCGCCGGGCGGCUCGGGCAUCAAGCUGGAGUCCACGUACUAUGGCUACAACAGCCCCGCGCCGCCCGCCUUUGAGCCGCCCUCCGAUCGCGGCACGCCCUCCGCCAUGCUGGUUGGACAGUGCUUUAGUAUUCCGCACAGUUCAGCGGGGCUGAGCGGCUCGCAGGCGCCGCUGGUGCCUUCCAACACCAUCUUCUACCAGCACGUGCCGCCGCCCACCGACACACACCCCACAGCAUCAGAUGCCUUAACGAGUCAACACUCGGGCGGCAAAUACGAGGGCGCGCCGCAAGACUCGCUCGGGGACUUCGUCACCUUCGUGUGCCAAGAGCCGCCCAAUGACGUGCAGCAACUGCAGGUCCACAGUUUAUCGCGGAGUCCCAAGCCCUACUUCACCAGCUCCAUGCUCCCCCCGCCACCGCUGCCGCCGAUGGCGAGACCUGUCACCAUCAUCAGGUCGACUGCGAGUGAAGUGGGCGUGGGCGUAGGCUCGGCGUCCCCUGCGUCGCCCGAGCUACGGUCGCCGCCCACCAGCCCCCGUCGCCGCUCGCCGCACUACCGCGACUGUCACCCACCACACCCGCCGCACCCCACGCACCCGACGCACCCGCCGCUGUCACACUUCAACCACUUCCACGCGCAGCCGCAGCAGGUAUUCAGCUACGGGUCAGUGGGGGGAGGCUCACCCCCCGGUGGGUUGGGGCUGUACGCGCCUAGAGCACCCCCUAGAGCGCCGCCGAGAUGGAAUGCGCCUUUCCCCACUCUAGAAGAGGAGUUCAACAUAAUGACUGCCCCCGGGGGGCCUAACCACGUGGAACUGCUAGACGAUGUCUUUUACAUUCCAGAACGUUUUUUCCAAUCCAACGUGAUCACAUCGGACACCACCGCGAUGGACACCGGCGCCAGCGUCCAGUCAGUCGUGGUGGACACCUCGGAGGACAUCGCACCUGACAAACCUGCGCCUGACUUGCGUUCGCCGUGAUCCGCGCAGAACGCGUCCGCCGCGCUCGACGGCUCGAGCGCGACUGUGCUGCGGUGGACGCCGGCGCCGCUGCCGCAUUGGCGCCCUGUUACGCAUCGGACUGUUUAAAAAAUAGAAUGCGUUCGAAAUUUAAAAAAGUUAAUUUGACAAUAAUUUUGAGGUUUAAUCUGUGAACACAUUGCACUCGUUUUUGCUAUGCAAAUCGUAAUAACAAGAUAAUAAAAAAUGGCGUGAUUUUUGUAAGAUUAUAUAAGUACCUUCAAAGUUCAAUGAUAUCCUUGAAACUAACAGUCUUCAUUAUCAUUUUACUACGGUUAAAGAAUAGAUCCCCCCUUAUAGUAGAGUUUAUUGUGCUUAUUGAAUCACCACGUUGCUCCAAAGUGGGCUGACGGGCUUUAUGUCGAUCGGACCCAGGAUUCGAAUCCAGGACUUAGACAGCUGAAGCCUAUUGUCUAACUGCUAGACAAACGCUGCAGUAAACCAACUGUAUUGUAAAAGUAAAAUUCAAGAGGAUCCUAAUAUUUGUAACUGAUUUUAUUGUAACUUUCAACUACAUUGCGUUUUAUGUUAUAUUGAGUGUGCCGGGUGCCUGUAUAAAAAGUAAUGUAUAAACUCAUAAUUCACCUUCGAUACUUUGGAGCCAAGUAUCCGUAUCCAAACCGAUAUCUUGUUAUUAUGAUUUCUAUAAUUGUAACGCAUUUUUUAGUAUUGGAAUUGCGAAUGACGUCAUAGGUACGUCCUAACCAACAGUCUAGUUAUUUCAAUAUUGAAAAAUGGGUUAUUUAUAGCAUCUGUUGUAAUGUGGAAUCAUUAUUUGCUAUGACAUUCAGAUCGUACACAUACGAUUGUAAACUUCGAAUGUGACAGCUCUUCGUAAUACGAUGUCAAUGUCAUAAAAUAGUCGGAUGUUUUAAAAUUCGGUUAAAAAUAAAAGUGGAACGCAAAGUGUAAAUAUUAGUCGAGUUUUGGACUGGAUUGGACUUGGAGACGUUCGUAGUCGAAUUUUUUAAAUUCGUAAUCGAAUUUUGCGCCAUAUUAACUGUCAGUGUCUGUUAGCCGUUAGCGUACGGAGUGACUUUGAAAUGACGUCUCGCAGUAAAUGUUAUUUACGAUAAUUCCUAUGUAAUCGAUACUGUUGGUUAAUAUGUUUGUUUUUCUCAUUUAUCAUGUAGAUGUUAACGGAAAGCAAUACUCCAAUCGAUAUUUAUGUAAAAAUCUGAAAUUACGGAAAAUAAUUAAACAAAAAAAAAAACAACUAUAUUCUAAUAUUUUUAUAGAAUAUAAAUCAAGUAUGAUAUUGAUCAAGCCUUCCAGUAAUUUAGUGAAAUAAAUUUAAUAAUAUUAAUGAUAAUAAUUAUUAUUACGCAGCUUAUGAGAUUAUUCUUUUGCUGACCUGUAAGGCAGUUAGGAAAAGCGAUUUAUGAAAACAAAAUGCUUCCAGUUACUAGAUUUAAAACCAUGUUUCGAUUGACGAAAGUGUGAUAUUAUAAGUUGUUUUUUUGUUUCGUUGUUGUGCGUUUUGUAUUGAAAAAAAAAAACAUAAUUAAUUAGGUUAAGCGUAAUAGUUUACUGAAGAUUUUUUUUAACUUAUUGAACGAAUAUUUAAGAAAGACGAGCCUUGCUUAUGAGAUUAGUUUAGUUGUAUAAUUAGUGGCCAAGUGCUAAUCAACGUUAUUAAUGCGUUUUCGAUCCGAAAUUUCAAUAACAUUUUUCAAAAUAAUAUACUCACUAAAUCAUAAAUAUUAAAACUGCUGUGCAAUACAAAUAACUACAAAAAUUAGUUGGUUUUUUACAAGCUUUCCAUUGUUUUUGAUCCUGCAGUAAAAUUUGAACAUAGUAAUGUAUGAAAAAGAGAUUGCCUUAAUUUGUCAAUUAUGAAAGUUCGAAUCGAAAGCGAUAACUGUUGAUAAUGGUAGUUCGACGGUUUGUCGAGGGACAUUUUAUAGGUGCCUUUUAUAAAAUCGUAUAUAACUUACAUGAUAGGUACAAUUAAAUUGUAGGUUUUCCUUUUUGAAAGUCCAUCCACUUAUACCUGUACCGUGGAUCCAUAGUUAUUAUAUACAUUAUUGUUAAUUUUAAUAUUUUGGAGCCAAAGAGGCGUGUCAUAUACAUAAUAUAGGUUUUAAUUGCAGGUAUGCCCACAUAUCGAACAUUUCACUCAAAAUUUAUUUGCGUAAAAUCUCUAGUAAAAUUGUAUAUAAAACAGCAAUUACUACCAAUUUAUUAUUUAUAAUCUAUCUAUAUUCCAAUAGAAUAAUGACGAAAUAACGAUAUUAUGACACAAAAAUAAAGGCAGAAUAAAUUAUGGGGCAUAUCUGAACAUUGAAAUCUAUAUCGACAAAAAUUCAUUGCAUUUUUUAUUUUUAUUUUUUUUUUUAAUAAAAUCCCGAGGCCAUACGUGAAAAGCUAGUCAUUAGAGUUACAAUGUAAAUUAAUUGUACUUAAAAUAAAGUAUAUUUACAUUUAUAAUACCCCUUACGUUUUUUAUUAAGGGGUGAUAACUAAAUUUGUGGCCAAAUUACACUUAACGAGAUCCAAAUAUAUAUACAAGAUUUUUUAAUAGACUUAGAUGUAUAAGUACGGUACGGUUAAGUUGAUUUUAGUAAAACUUUGAUGUUCAUAAACAGAUUAACAUAUUAAGCGCACAUAAGUACGACAUACUUAGUUGUGACGGUAUCUUCUAGCAUCCAUAACUAAUGCCAUUGAAAUUGUUCAUUUUACUUCUAUUUCUGGCACUAUAACUGUGUAAAUUGAUGUCAAAUUUGAUGUCCUAAAACAUUUAUAAAUACAAAAAAUAAAACUAUAAUUAAAAAAAAACACAAAUAACUUCAGUGGGAUCACAGUUCUAUUGGUUAACUACAAUGCUAAAUGAUAUGAUGUCAGGACAUUUAUGCAAGUGUAUUAAAAUUGCACAAAGUAUGUGACGUUAAUAUUGACAGCUCUUGUGUAUUGAUAGGUGUCAAAAUUAACAUUAGACAUUUCAUUUCAUUAGGAACAAAUAAUCGGGCCCCAUUCAACAUCGUAUGGUCAAUCAUGGACGUUUUAUUUUUUACAGACAAAUACAUAGGAGCCUUUUGAUUUUCAAAUAAGAAUUCAGUUGCCCUAACAGUAAAACUUAAUUAGUAUCUAGUUUAAGGUAAAGUAGCAAUAAAUGACAAGCAAUAAUAAUUUUUAAAAAAUAAUAUAAUAAUAAAAAAAUCAGCUUUAGUGAAGCUAGAAAUUGGUACUGAAGUAGAUGAAUCCAAUAUUGUAAAAAUCGACUCGCAAUAUUUUUUCUAUUAGUGGUUAACUUAGUGUGCCGGAGGGAAAAUAAAUUUGAUAUAAAAUACAGAGGCGUUUUCGUACAAUACAUAAUAUAGCUAUUCCACAGAAAACUAUAGAGAUAUAAUAAAUAUUACAGCUAAUAUAGUACGACUAGGCAGAGGGCGAGAAUUAGUCAAUUGCUAGCUAUAGACACUAUUAGAGGUUAUAAUACAGAAAAAUUAAAUAGUGAAGUCACUUAAGGCUUUUGAGUAUAUUCGGAUUACCAACACGGUUUUGUCGUAUUAUACAAACGGAUAAAUUAAAUUUGUAACGACGGCAAUAUUGGUGACGAAUUUAAAAGCUCAUUGGUGCAGAAAAUUCUAGACUGUGAUUAAAUUGUUCAUUCUGGACGUGUCUUAUAUUGAAAUAGUCCUUUUGUAUGAUUGGCAUUGCACGGCUAGUGCUGUAAUGGAAAGGUUACAUUGUUGUGAGCAGGAAGGGACAUGUUGUAUGAAAUGCAUUUGUUAUAAUAAUUAUAACAAUUAUAAGAACUGUAAUUCUAGUUGAAAGAUGAGAGGUGAAAAGUUUUUUAUCGACAGCGUCAGUAGAUUCAGUAGUAUUUUUAUUACUAGCUUUGCAAUAGUUGAUCGAUUUGCGACAAACAUGAUAUUGGAAUACAACUAGCGGAAAACAAUGGGAGUUACCAUUUUUAUAUGAACUUUGCAAUAUUUGUUUGGGGAUUUUUGGUAUUUUUUUAUACGUGUAGAACUAGUUAAAAAUGAAUACCUUAAUACUCGCAGACAAAUAUUUUAAGUCUGGUCUUCUUUGCAUUUAACUUGUGCAUCUAACAAUAUCAUCAAAUAAGCACAAGCACUAUGUGCUGGGCUACAAGUAUCUGUGUUUGUCGCAAUGUAAAUUUGUUCGAACAUUUGAUUAGCACCAUUGUUACGAUAUGGAGUAAUAAUUGAAGCCUAAACAUUAUGUGCCUUAGAUACAACAAUAUUGUAUAUUUAUGAUGCGUUCUAUACAACGUGCUAACUAGAAAUAAAUGAUUAUUGUUAUUUUGGAAGCCUUGUCCUUGUAAUUUCAUUGUUAAUUUGUUUUACGCGAAGGCUUGUAAUUGGAUCUCUUAACGAUUUUGUACCUUUCAAACCCAGCAGAUAUUUUGUAAACAUUUUCGUUUACUUUUGUUUCUUUAUUAACGCCAUAUAGGGCAGUUCAUAUUAUUGGUACCCAAUAAUAUUGUUUAGUGUUUUUAUGAUUUUAAUUUUUUUUCUCAAAUUCGAACUAUAAAAUACCCAUCUGUCUGGAUGUUGAUUUAAUGUCCAGAGAAUAACUUUAACCCUCAUCUAAAAAUUAUUAUACGAUUAUUGUAAAGCUUCGAUGCGUAGUUUCGCUGACAUAUAAAUAUUUCUAAUAUAUUCUAUAAUUAUUUUAGUACUUACCUACAUUAUACCCACUUAUGUACCUAUUAUCUACUUUACUGGCAUGUAUAUCUUAAUCUACGCAACAUUUCGAUUAGGCUCGCUUUUUGUUUUGAAAAAAAUUGUAGAUAAAUGAUCCCCAGAAUUUCGGCGAAGCUUCUUAAUAUUAUCAAUUGAUAAUUGAAUUCACAUUUUGUAUGUAUCCUCUUAUAAUGUUUAUGAUUUCAACCCAAAUUACUGUGUAUUUAUAAAUAAAGUAACAAAAUCCGUCUUAUUAUUAAGUUUUUUUGGAUUUCUGAAUUGAAAUAACAUACGUAACUAAAAUAUAAUUGUAAAAAUAAUUAUUAACCAAUAGAAAAAUACUCUUAGGUACGAGUUUUUAGUUCAUCGAAUCAGAUGUGCAAUUAUAAAUUGUUUAGCGAAUUUAUUAAUUAAUUUUUUAGUAUUUGAUUGUGUCCAUGAUCAUGUUGUCUGUAAAUAUCUUCAGGAGUGUAUUUAUAUGAUUUUCUAUAUAUAUUAAUUAAACUGUAGUACACAAUAAGAGUUACAAUGUUUGUCCUCUCCCUAUUUUACAUUUUUUUUCUAAAUAGGUUUUUUAUCUUUUUUUAAAAACUUGUGUUAAAAACUGUGCCUGUGUAAAACAAAUGCCAUAUUCCAAAAAUAUAAAGAAACUGAAAUGUAAAAAUGAAAACUGAUAAUAAAAUUAAAAAAAGUAUUGAAUAUGGCACUUGGUUUACAAGCAAAUAUUAAACUAAAGAUAGACUUGUAAAAAUGUUAUAACAUGUAUUUUUAACCUAUACAUAGUAAGAUAUUUAUAGAAUUUUAGUCGUUUAAUUAUUUCGAACGACUUGUUAUAAAGAAAAUUGGUGCUUAAAGCUUAAAUAAAAUAUGAUCGACACAUGAGUGUCGAGUGUGUAUUGUCACGGGGGUUGGAGCAUUUGACAUAGCAUGCGUUGUUAUGCCUACUUUUAACGCGAUAUCACUUAACUCAAAAUACCUAAAUAAUAAUGGUUCUGUACCAACAAGUUUCUGAUUUUAUUAUACUUUCAGUUAAUAUCUACCAAUUAUCAAUUGAUUUAUUAAUUACUAGCGGACGCCCGCGACUUCGUCCGCGUGUAAUUUAGUUUUUCACAAAUCCCGCGGGAGCCAUUGAUUUUUCCAGGAUGGAAAGUAUUCUAUGUGUUAAUUCAGAGUAAAAUCUAUUUCCAUUCCAAACUUCAGCCAAAUCGCUUCAGUAGCCGCAGCGUAAAAGAGGAACAAACAUAUUUACACACUUACACACAAACUUUCGCUUUUAUAAUAUUAGUGUGCCUAGCAGACGCCUCGCGAUUUCACCCGUUGGUGACGGUCCCGUAGGAAUACAGGGAUAAAAUAUAGCCUACAGCACUCGGGGAUAGUGUAGCUUGCCAACAAUGAAAGAAUUUUUGAAAUCGGUUCAGUAGUUCCAGAGCCUAUUAAAAACAUUCAUACAAUCAAAUAAAUAUUGAAAAAAAAUAACCAUUUUAAUUUUGAACAUAUAAGUAAAAAACACAAUGCAAUUUUGACCACGCGAAAAUAUAAACGCACACUGUCUAUUUAAAUAUAAAAACGUACGUUUUUACAAAGUUACCUAGUGUUUAUUAUUGAAUGUCGCUCGAGUCGCACAAAAAUUAACUUUUUUGUACUUAUUUUAAAAGUGUACUUAAAGAAAUUUGAAUUUAUUAUUUUAUAAUGACAUUUGUACAAGAAUUAGGAUUAUAUUAAUUUAAUUAAAUAUGAAUUUAUUUAUUUCUUAAUGAUGCAACUAUAAUUAUUAAUUAUUAUGAUUAUAUUUCACUUAGUAAUAUAACUUUAUCUUACCCGAAUGUUUUUAUUUUCAUUUUAACUGUAGUGGGAGUGGCUCAACACCAAAAGUUAAAAACAUCACACAUACACAAACCAUUCUAAAGCGAUUUUUGGAAUUUGUUUUAGUUGUUUAUAGGUACUGUUAUGUCUUGUCUAUUAUUUAUGGUAUAAAAAUCACAAAGUUUCGAGUCUUUUGAUUUAUUUUUAGUCUGUAUUCAACAACGAAUUAGAAGUAAUUAUCUGAUACAAAUAGUUUUUAGAUUUAUGAAACAUUUCUUUUUAAGAGUUAAAUGGUUUCGCGUAAAAAUGAAGGCAAUUAUAAUAAUGUAGGUAAACUUUGCUCAAUAACGAUGAAAAACUGAAAGUGUUACAGUUGAUGCAAUACAAUGAAACAAACUUGA